AUGUCAACUAACGAACUAGGUCCUCAAUCUGUUGUUGGAUUAAAAGACAUCUCUUUAGAUAUGAUGGUUAUGCAGGCCAACACAAUGAAAUUAAGUGAUCAGGAAGCUAGUCGUUCGAAUUAUUCUAAAGACGAGCCUUGUUCUAUUCAUGAUUCCUUUAGUAUUGACCGCCAUUCUUCAGAUGAAAAUUCACCUGGUGCCAAAAUUAAAGAAGACCGGUGUGCUGAAGAAAUGACUAUAUCGGGCUCGGCUGGGGACGAUGUUUCACGAGCGUUGAUACAGCGAAAACAACCACUAAUGGAACUAGUUAGUUCCGAAGAAGGUUAUGUUCGGCGUUUGAAACUGGUAAAGGAUUUCUACAUACCGGCUGUUAAUGCUCCAACUACAGCUCAGUCCAAUACAGAAAACAUUAUAGGAGCACCUAGCUCGCUACCUCACAGUGAUUCACAUGCUUCCCCGCCUGUUGCUCCAGAGGAUUUAGCAGCUCGAUGGAGAAUCAUAUGGGGAAACUGGAUUCAGUUAUAUGAAUGGCAUUCGGCGUUCCUUGAAAAGCUAGUUAGCGUUGUGGAAAGUGAUCCUGAUCGCAUACCAAAGCUCUUUAUUGACUCUCGAGCUCGUUUAAGGUCCAUAUACUCGAAAUAUUGUGAAAAUCACCGAAAGGCAGCUUUAAUUGCAGAGCAGUACCGGGAUUUUUUUGAGGAGUUGCGCAUUUUUAUUGGCGACAAAGAGGACGUUGUCUCACACCUAAUGCAACCAGUACAGCGUAUAAUGCGCUACCAACUCCCUAUCGCAGAGAUUCUUAAGUACACUCAACGUGCCUGUUCACCUGAUCUUUUAUUGUGGAAAAAGACUUUGGAGAUUAUGAAGGAAAUCCCAAAGGAUACGCAACUGAUUUUGGAAGCUGCUCGUAUAGAUGGCUUCCCUGGAGUAAUAACCGCUUUGGGAAACAUAUUAUUACGCAGUGAUCUGUUAGUAGCAACUACUACUCGUGAGCAGUUGUUAGAAACUGUCGCUGCCUAUAAAAUGGCUCUUCAAAAUGUCAACAGUGGUGUUUUUUCUGAAACCAAUACAUCAUUUAACAAAAUCCCUUCUCAUGUUGGGCGAUCUGGAGUAAAUACGGGUCCAUCACUUUCUACAGACACUUCAGCCACAAUGUGUUCGUCCUCUGCUACACCAAAUAGUUUGGGAUUACCUUCUCCUGUUGAAGGUCUUAAUUCUGUUAUCUCAGAAGGAAAUGGACUUUUUACAGGAAAUCUAAAGUUUGUAGAAUCACGGUUGUUUUUAUUCGAGCAAAUGCUACUCGUAACAGAAGAAGUUAAACCAAAGCGUCGCGUAGCUACCAGUGAUACAUUUUCCCAGUCUACUUAUCAGUUUAAAGCUGCAAUAAAUGUCAACAAAAUGCGUUAUGAGUCUCAUUGGUACAAUUGUACUCUUUCGAGUGGUCACAUAAAUUCAGAAGCUGCAACUAUUGAUAAUCUUUUGUGCAGUGGCUAUUCACCUGACGAUCUGCGGUUUGCAAUUUUAGACCAAACUCCUGGAAAAGACUUCGUCUAUGUUAUUGAUCCUAUUAGCUGUUCGAAUAGAGAAGCAUGGGUUGUACAGUUGCGUGAUAUUCAGCAUAUGCAGCACGAAUUUUUGCUUGCUCUCCAAGAUCCAAGGAAAUUCAACACUAGCACUCGGGAUGAAGGAUGGGCUAAGGAUUCAUUAACACAUGAACUUACGUCAACUUUUAGUACAGAUCAAUCUGUACGAACUGAUGCUCAGUUAUCUAUAUCCAUAUCUCCAUGUAAUCAAGCAAGUCAACAACCACAUAAAAAGUGGCCAAGCUUUACAAUGAAACGCCCAGUUAGAUUAGGUUCUAACUCAUCUUCCAUAGGCACAAAAGAGACUGGAACAGGAAGACAGUCUUCCGCUUCACGCCCAAUUAUCCCUCUUAAAUCAGGAUCUCAAGAUCGACCAGUUUGUCUUGCUCGGUCUUUAUCUGCCGAGCGUCAAUUUUCGAAUCGCGAAAAACUUGUAGAUUCGAAGUUCCUAACUUGUGAUGAUCAAACUGGUGAUGAUGUGUGUGACACAUCAGUUUACCGCAAAUCUUCUCAAAGUGCAAAUAGCUCCUUAAAGCUGACUAAUCAAUCUGUUAGCUCAAAACUAUCAGAUAAUAUUUUACAAAAUGAAACUACUCCACAUUUAAAAGGUGGAUUGUUGAAGAAAAGAAAUGCUCUUGUAAACUUCUUUAGUCGUGGCAAACCUAAGCACAGGGGUAAACACCACCAAAGUCAGCAUCAGUUAGUUGUGCCAUCAGGAUUACAGUCUAAAUUAGAACAUGAAGCUGUUCCUGACUGUACAUUUCCUAAUUCCGAUGACCAUGUUUGUAAUUCUGAGGUAAAUUUAGGAGACAAACCAAUCAUAUCAACUGAUAAUAUACCCAAUGUUAAACCUCAUGCUUUGGAAUAUACAACAGAAUAA